AUGCAGCAGUUGUUCCAUGAAAACUAUGAACACAACCGCGAGGGUUACAUUCAAGAUCUUCACAACAGCAAGAUUCACACAGCCAUAACUCUUCACCCCAACAAAAGACCAGCCUACCAAUACAGGCUGCACAACUACAUACUGAGUCGCAAAAUUUCGGAACUGCGCUAUCGGACCAUCCAGCUCCAUAGGGAAAGUGCCCUAAUGAGCAAGCUCAGUAACAGUGAAGUCAAUAAGGAGGAUCAGCAACUGGGAGUGAUGCCAUCUUUCAAUCACUUCCAGCCACGUGAAAGGGAUGAAGUCAUCCAGUGGGAGUUCCUGACAGGAAAAUUUCUUUACUCGAUGGUGGAGAACCAGCCACCCCGGCAGAGCCUGAGCAGCGUCCUGCGGGCUGCACUGGAUGACACCGUGAUGCAAGUCAUGGAAAUGAUAAAUGAGAACUCUAGAUCUAGAGGAAGGCUCAUUGAUUUCAAGGAAAUACAGUAUGGCUACCGCAGGGUGGACCCUCUGCAUGGAGUGGAGUACAUCCUGGAUUUACUGCUUUUGUACAAAAGGCACAAAGGAAGGAAAGUUACAGUUCCGGUGAGACGCCACGCUUACCUUCAGCAAUUGUUUAGCAAACCUUUCUUCAAAGAAGCAGAGGAGCUGGAUGUAAGAAGCCUGCUGGAGGAUACCAACACUGACACUCAAUCUUUCUCUUUUCUUUCAAAUUCUUUAAAGAUUUUUUCCUCACCGUUCCAAGGCACCAAAGAUGUUGGGGGACGCAGUGACAAGAAAAUACAUAUUCUUGUCCCUCUCACAGGAAGAUUUGACAUUUUCUCAAGAUUUAUGGAUAACUUUGAGAAGACUUGUCUGAUUCCCCGGCAGAAUGUAAAGUUGGCAAUAAUUCUCUUCAGUUCCGAGUCGGGCCAAGACUCCAGCAAACACAUAGACCUAAUGAAAGAAUACAGCAUUAAGUAUCCUAAGGCAGAUAUGACCCUGAUUCCAAUGGCAGGAAAGUUUUCUAGAGGUUUAGGUCUUGAAAUGGCCUCAUCUCGAUUCGACAAUGGCACUUUGCUGCUGUUCUGUGAUGUUGAUCUGGUAUUCACACCAGACUUCCUCCAGCGAUGCAGAGAUAACACUAUUCAGGGAGAACAGGUUUACUACCCUAUCAUCUUCAGCCAAUAUGAUCCAAAAGUAAUAUAUGGAGGCAACCCUCCAGCUGACAGUAGUUUUGUUUUCACAAGAAGAACUGGAUUUUGGAGGGAGUAUGGAUUUGGAAUUACCUGUAUUUACAAAAGUGAUCUACUUACUGCUGGUGGAUUUGAUACCUCAAUUCAAGGCUGGGGACUUGAGGAUGUAGACCUCUUUACUAAAGUGAUAACAUCUGGCUUGAAGGCUUUCAGAAGUCAAGAAGUAGGAGUUGUCCAUAUUUUUCAUCCAGUUCAGUGUGACCCCAAUUUAGAUCCGAAACAAUAUAAAAUGUGCUUAGGGUCCAAAGCAAGUACGUUUGCCUCUACCAUGCAGCUUGCUGAACUCUGGCUACAGAAACAUUUGGGUGUCAGGUACAAUCGAACUGUCUCCUGA